CCUGCUCACCAGGGUCUCCCCGCCUGGUUUCUGUCCCGCUCACCAGGGUCUCCCGCCUGGUUCCUGUCCAGCUCACCAGGGUCUCCUUGCUGGUUCCUGUCCAGCUGGUCAGGGCCCUCGCCUGGGCCCUGGUUCGCUCAAUGAUCUGUGGAUCGUGACCUGUCAUUAUGUUCAUGUGUACAAAUUCUGCAUCAUUAUAAUGGGAUGCCUCUCUUGUAUCCACGCGGGGGGGAGAGUGGGAGCCGGUCCCCCGUGCGGUGGCGGGGUGUACCGAUGUCCAGUCCCCCACGCUCAACUUCCUGUAGUCAUGGCAGUGUUGCCAACAGCAAUCGGCGAUGAGUUACAGUUGCAUCCCCGCCUGCUGUCAGAUGGGACAUCCCACUCGCUGCUACUCCAGAUCAGCUCAGUGAGCACUCUGUUGUGUAGGUGGUGGCCGUAGGCCCCCCCCCGGCGCCCUAACUGCCCGCGAUGGGUGGACGUCAUCCCCCCUGUCUCUUCCUCUUUUGUUUUCACCCUCUGUUGCCGCCCACGUUCGCUUCUCUGCCGUAGGAUUUCUGGAGGACGUCGUCUCGCACCCAAGGCGUCGUCAUGGCAGCGGGGCAGUGCGUCACCAUCGCCAUGCGUCAGCUCGGCACUCGUAUCUGGGGAUUUCACGUGUAAUGGGACCCCCCCCCCCUAGUGUUCCUGAUGCCAGGCUACAGGAAGUGUGUGACAAGUGGGUAGAUGGGAUAUACCAAGUACAGCAGGGUGGGGGUGGACCAUAAAUUAUCACAUUUGCAUGAGUGCGUGAGUGCAGCCUCCCCCACGCUCAUUACAAUAUGACAUGCUCGUUUUACAGCCGGACAAAAACUUGUUAGGCGGAGGGUUCUGAUUCAUUUUCAUUCUGAUUACCUUGUUACGCUGUAAUUGGACUCCACUGACCCAGUUUGCAUAAAUACACAUGUAUGUAUUAAGUCUCCACAAGGUUCUGCUAGUCACCAGACCUUAGGAUGGCUUUUGAAUGAAGAUAUUGGUUAUGUAGCCCAACGCAAAACAUCUUUCAAAGUUUCUGGUAAUAGAAAGUUAGAAUUAGAAUUAGAAUUUGUCCGGCCAUUCGCCCUGAAACAAGCUCACUUGCUUUGCCGCCAGUUCGUUUAUUUAUUUUGUUAUUUAAAAUGUGUCUUCCGAAGCUAGUUGAUCUCACCAACUUGCUCUUUUCAAGCUAGACCUGUUUCUGUUUGGUACAAACACCUAAUAGACACCUUGAAGAUAACAGCCCACUGUUCAGCAUUGAUGUUAAUGAAGAAGAUAUCGGUCCCUGAGAAAAUUAGAAAUCUGUAGAAUAACACCAACUCUGAUCAUGCAUGAAUGCUGCACAUUAUCUCCCUGGUAACAACACUGUCUUUUACAUUUCAAUGUGUCAGAAUUUGCUCACCUGAUUCUUUUGGUGGAGCAUGGCUCAGAGGGUUAGGACACUGUGUUCAGAAGGUCACCGGUUCAAAUCUCGGGGUCAGCAAAGUGAUUUCACUGAUAGCCCCCUGACCAAGGCCCUAACCCCCAACUGGCCCUGCCUUCUCAUCUGUAUGUCGUUUUGGAUAAAACUGGCUGCAAAGUACUGUUGUGGAUGUGGAUGUACUGUUCUGUCACAUUGUGGAUGUGGAUGUACCGUUCUGUCACAUUGUGGAUGUGGAUGUACCGUUCUGUCACAUUGUGGAUGCGUGGAUCGAGCCUUUCUUUAGGCCGAAUGAGGCAGGACAGACUUUGUUUGGCCUGGUCUGAAAGGCUUUCCACGCCAGGGGGACAUAUUCCCGACACACUGCAUCUCACGCCUGCCAGACUAUGCGGAAAUGGAGCCACAGUUCACAACCAGGAAAUGCUUUAACUGACACUGCAUAAACUGUGUAUAUUAAAGGUCAGUCAUGGCUGAUGUAUGACCCUCCCCCGACAUCGGCCAUUUUUGUUCUGCUGGUCUGCCAGGGUCUUGUACUCAAGCUGAUCUAAAAAUGCAGAGUUGUCUUUUUCUGUUUGGAGGCGCGUGGCCGUCACCAGACCUUUGUGAACGUGAGAGGUUAUUUCCGAGGUGUCCUUAGACAUAUGGCCGUCUCAGCGUGCAGAAACACUCGAAGCCUCGGCCGAAUGAGCCAAUGCGAUCAUCGGAGAUGGAUUACCGUUCUCCUGGCAGCACAGGGGAUAUGACUCUUCCCCCACUGCCCUCUUUCUGGAGCAGCGCCCCCUGGUGAUACCAUGUGACCAUGUUACACUGGCGUCUUUUAACUUGGGGGGGCGGAGAGCACAUCAAAUGGUGCUGUUCGUGAUCUAGCAACGACCCCCAGGGUCCCUUCCCUAAGGCCUAUGAGCCAGGAGUGGGCGGAGCCGGUGGCAGGCGGGGCAGUGAAUGGGCCGCAGUGUGUUGUGCGUGGGUGGGCUCCGGGGGCGGGCCUUAUCAGGUAGGGGGCGCCUUCCGGAAGUCCAGGAAUCAUGAUGUAAAUCUCCCAGAAAGGCGUGUGGUCAUGUGACAGGGCAGGUUGCGAGGUUGUGCUUGGUGCCAGUGAGUCAGGACAAAAGUCCAAAUGAGACGUGAGUGUCGCUCUGCUAUGGGGGAGGGAGCGGGUCCAGCUCAGAGCCUGGCACGGUUCGAUCACCACCACCCCCCUCCCCAUCACUGCAAAUACCACCGUGACUCAUACAGUAUCAGCAUCCAUGAUUUCAUUUCUCCCUCUCUGGUACAUUUUAACCCUUUUAGAAUCAUGAUAAGGAGCAUUUUAAGUAUUUGAAAAUGAACUUUGGAUUUACUCAAAGGUCAAGAGUCAGGCAUUUCCACACUUCAGUGAGUCUUUCCCCUCUCUCUGGGUUUCCCCCUUAUUCUGACCUCCUGUUUCCUGUCAUAUCUCACCAUAUUACCCCUGAUCACCGAUUCCAGCCGUGCUCCCUCCUCGCUCCUGUACCUCUCUCAGUAUCCUCCUGCCUCCUCGCACUCGUGUGUCAUUUUUACACUGGUUCCUGGCGACGCUUUGCUGUGAUUCGCUCAAUGCCCCUGGAGCACUACGGUCCAGACGUAUUCCACCCCACCGCUCAACGCUUUAUUCAUUAUGAUUUUUGAGAAAUCUGUCAGCUGGCAACUUGGGAAUAAUCCAUGUGAUUAGCCCACAGUGUACUGCAGUCUUUGAAAGGAGUUUUAUUAAUUCAAUCCAUCCUAGUGACCGUAUCUGUACUCAUUUAAUCAGCGCAGAGUGACUGAGGGAUUAACGCUGGUCGCCGGGAGCGGUUUUCGUUCCCAGACGGCUCAGCCAGUGCUGGGUUCCCCACAUCUGCGGAGACUCCCGCUGUGGCUGGGCUUUUGCACGGAUGCCCUGGGCAGCUCAUUAACUGUUGUUUUAUCUGUUAUGUAGCUUUAUACCAGUAUUUACAGACUUCUAAAUUGAGUGAUGGGGCCACACAGUUGUCGUCGAGUGACAAGACAGCCGCGUUGCCUAAUUAUGAGAUGAGCCAAGCUCGCCGGCGUUGAGGACAUAAAGGGCCCUUCCUCUUCCUCCUACUCCAACAUCUUCCGAACAGCGAUCACUGCCUGUCGUACCUUUCCGCCAGCAGGAAUCCCCCCUGUUCCACCCCCUUCACCCCGAAUGACCUGCCCCAGAAAAGGUCCGUGUUCCUAUUCCCCUCAUUUCUCCACUCGACGUGGUGAAAACGCUUCAUUUGCGGAUGCAAUUUUUUGUGAGAAUUUUGAGCAGAGUCCACUACGGAGGACCUUCAAAUCCAAAGUUUUAGCACACUACCCUGAGAAUGUGGAGUGGAGUCCCUUUGACCAAGACGCCGUGGGCAUGCUCUGUAUGCCAAAAGGGCUGUCAUUCCGGACGCAGGCAGACGCCCGCGAGCCAUGUUUCCACUCCUUCAUCAUCACCCGCGAGGACGGCUCGCGCACGUACGGCUUCGCACUCACCUUCUACGAGGAGGUGAUCAGCAAGCAGAUCUGCGGCGCCAUGCAGACGCUCUACCACAUGCACAACGCUGAGCGGCACGACGUCCCACGCCUUCGCCGCUUCGACUCCUACGACAUCGGCCGGGACACGCUCUUCGCCUCCAAGUGUAUCUGCUUGCUGGCGCCCAUGGCCUUUCCGCAAGCGUGCUGCCAGGUGCUGCAGCAGCUGUACCGCGCCGUCACCUCCGCCCAGCCGCCGCCGCUGCCCCUGGAGAGCUACAUCUACAACGUGCUCUACGAGGUGCCUCUGCCGCCUCCCGGGCGCUCCCUUAAGUUUUCGGGUGUCUACGGGCCCGUGGUGUGUCAGCGGCCCAGCACCGUCGAACUGCCGCUCUUCGACUUUCCCAUCGGCGAGGUCUUCGAGCUCCUGGGCGUGGAAAACGUGCUGCAGCUAUUCACCUGCGCCCUGCUGGAGUUCCAGAUCCUGCUCUACUCCCAGCACUACCAGAGGCUGAUGACGGUGGCCGAGAGCAUCACCGCCCUGAUGUUCCCCUUCCAGUGGCAGCACGUCUAUGUGCCCAUCCUGCCCGCCUCGCUGCUGCACUUCCUGGACGCGCCUGUACCCUAUCUGAUGGGCCUGCACUCCAACGGUCAGGAUGACCGAUCCAAGCUGGAGCUGCCCCAGGAGGCCAACCUGUGCUUUGUUGACAUCGACAACCACUUCAUCGAACUGCCGGAGGAUCUGCCGCAGUUCCCUAACAAGCUGGAGUUCAUCCAGGAGAUCUGCGAGGUGCUGAUGCUGUUUGGCAUCCCCCCCGAGGGUAGAGCGUGCAGCGGCGAGGGCGUGGGGGGGCCGAGGGGCUUCCGCGGCUGCGACGUGGCCUCGGACCGCCGCAAUGGCAACCUGGCCGGCUCGCCUCUGGAUCUGCUGAAGGAGAACGAGACCAUCGUCCGGCUGCAGGCCCUGGUCAAACGAACCGGUGUGAGGCUGGAGAAGCUGGAUGGGAUGGAGACCUCCGGCACCAACGGCGAUCCCAGGGUGCAGUGCGGCGAGGAGGACCUGCGGACGCACCUGCUCAACAUCCGCAUGCGCGAGGUCUUCGCCAACCGCUUCACGCAAAUGUUCGCCGACUACGAGGUCUUCGUCAUCCAAUCCAGCCAGGACAAAGAGUCAUGGUUCAGCACCCGUGACCAGAUGCAGAACUUUGACAAGGCCUCCUUCCUGUCGGACCAGCCCGAGCCCUACCUGCCCUUCCUGUCGCGCUUCCUGGAGACGCAGACGUUCGCCUCCUUCGUCGACAGCAAGAUCCUUUGCCACGACGACGAGGACAAGGAGCACGCGCUGCGGGUGUUCGACGCCCGCGUGGAGAAGGUGCGCAUGCUCAACGUGCGGACGCCCACGCUGAGGACGUCCAUGUACCAGAAGUGCACCAACGCCGAAGAGUCAGAGAAGGCCAUCGAGGCGAGGGUGACCAAGAUCGACCACACGGCACUUCACCCCCACCUGCUGGACAUGAAGAUCGGCCAGGGCCGCUACGAGCCCGGCUUCUUCCCUCGCCUGCAGUCCGACGUGCUCUCAGCUGGACCCACCAGCAACAAGUGGUCCAAGCGCAGUACCGCAGCUCAGUGGAGGAGGCGGGACAAGCAGAAGCAGCACGCGGAACACCUGUACCUGGAUAACGACCAGAGAGAGAAGCACAUUCAGGAGGCCAGAAACUUGGGCACCACGAUCCGGCAGCCCAAGCUGUCCAACCUGUCGCCCUCCGUCAUUGCACAGACCAACUGGAAGUUCGUAGAAGGGUUGCUGAAGGAAUGCAGGAACAAGACCAAGCGCAUGCUGGUGGAGAAGAUGGGCAGGGAGGCGGUAGAGUUGGGCCAUGGGGAGGUCAGCAUCACAGGCGUGGAGGAGAACACGCUCAUCGCCAGCCUCUGCGACCUGCUGGAGCGGAUCUGGAGCCACGGGCUACAGGUCAAGCAGGGAAAAUCGGCUUUGUGGUCACACCUGCUGCAUUACCAGGAAAGCAAAGAGAAGAGUGAUGCCACCCCUUCAGGCCUGAACCCCCCAGGGCUUAUUCAAGACUCGGAGAGACGCAAGUCUGAUGCAGGACUCACCAUGCCCCCUCUAAAAGUUUCCCUCAUUGACGAUAUGCGACACAUCCAGAACAUCGGCGAGAUCAAGACGGACGUGGGCAAGGCGCGGGCCUGGGUACGCCUCACCAUGGAGAAGAAGAUGCUUUCCAGGCACCUCAAGCAGCUGCUGUCUGACCAGGAGCUCACCAAGAAGCUGUACAAGCGGUACGCCUUCCUGCGCUGCGAUGAUGAGAAGGAGCAGUUCCUCUACCAUCUCCUGUCCUUCAAUGCUGUCGACUACUUCUGCUUCACCAAUGUCUUCACCACCGUCUUAAUCCCAUACCACGUGGUGGUCAUCCCAAGCAAGAAGCUCGGGGGGUCCAUGUUCACGGCCAACCCCUGGGUCUGCGUCUCUGGAGAGCUGUCGGAAACAGGGGUUCUCCAGGUGCCCAAGAACUCCUUGGAGAUCACCUUUGAGUGCCAGAAUCUGGGCAAGCUCACCACAGUACAGAUGGGCCACGAUAACUCAGGAUUGUAUGCAAAGUGGCUGGUGGAGUGUGUCAUGGUGAGGAACGAGGUCACUGGGCACACGUACAAGUUUCCAUGCGGCCGCUGGUUGGGUAAAAGUGUGGAUGAUGGCAGUUUGGAACGCGUCCUGGUGGGGGAGUUGGUGACCCCCAUCCCAGAGAGCGAGGAACGCCUGUGCCGCACCCCUCCCAUGCAGCAGUCCCCUGGAAUGAUACGUAGGUUUGUCAACAUCUCACCGAGCAGCAAACCAAAGUUAAACACAGGACAGAUUCAGGAAGGAGUGGGAGAGGCCAUCAAUGGGAUCGUCAAGCACUUCCACAAACCAGAGAAAGAGAGGAGCAGCCUGACGCUGCUGCUGUGUGGAGAAUAUGGGCUGGUCUGGGCACUGGAGCAGGUCUUCCUGCAUGGUUUCAGGACCCCACGUCUCUUCAAGAACAUCUUCAUCUGGGACUUCUUAGAAAGGGCACAGGGUCACUUUGAGAGUCCGGAGCAGAAGGACCUGGAGCUGGAUGAGAACUGGCAGAUGAGGGCCCGGGAUUUCUGCCGCUUCAUGCGGGCUAUCAACAGCACACCGAGGAACAUCGGCAAAGACGGGAAGUUCCAGAUGCUGGUGUGCCUGGGGGCCAGAGACCACCUGCUACAUCAUUGGAUCGCCCUCCUGGCAGACUGUCCAAUCACGGCACAGAUGUAUGAGGACACGGCCAUGCUAAAGGAUCAUUCUCUGGUGAACUCUCUGAUUCGAGUGCUACAAACUUUACAGGACUUCAAUAUCACCCUGGAGGCCUCACUAAUCAAGGGCAUAGGUAUUUAG